CACUACAGCAAAAAAAGCUUUUGUGAUGAAUGUGGAGGGUGGCAAGCACCAUCGAAUAUACUACGCUUUUUGCUCAGUGCAGGUGAUAUCUUGAGUAUAAAUAGUGGCAACUUUCUCCAAAUUCUAACGUUCUCUAACCCCCUUUUUGCUUCAGGAACAGUUUAUUGCGAUUCAACUAUCCUUUUACUAUGCUUGCUGAUGAUAGCCACAGCUUCACCAUCUGGAAUGGCGGCUCUGUUCCUCGCCCCUACAAUGGAGGCGGUGUUUAUGCAAUCAAGGUCGAGUUACUUAACCGUAUUAUGUUUGGGGUGCUGCACCUGCAUGAAAGCGGCACCAGCGUUGUCUGGCGUCUCGGUGAAUCCCGUUGGCCGCUCAUGCCCCAUGUGUCAUAUGAGGCGUUGGAUACAUUCCUCAACGAUCCUGGACUCAGCUAUGUUCGAGCCGUCCAUGCUGGCCAGUUUUCAGAGCAGCAGAUGGGCGAAGCCCGAGAUGCUGCACUUCGGAAGAUGCUGAAAGGUGCCUGGUCGCAGAAACUUGCAGACUUGGAGGAGAUUUUUGCAGCGGCCAUGCUAGAUAUUCUUUGCAACGGUGACACCGAGAGCGAGGAAUCCUCGGUGCAUGAGGAAAAGUCUAUGUGCAAAUGCAUUUUUCAAUAAGUUCAACCCGCCAGCAUAUUUGUAAAGCGAUCUGCGCGCGCUACAUGUGCCAUCUCAUCGCUU